GACAUUCUAUGACUGACAAGAAAAUCUUAUUUUUGAUCAGCGAGUAGAGCAACUUUUAUUAAAAUUAAAGGGAAAGACUCUGAAGCUAGUAUAAAUAAUUUAUAAUAGGAGUUGAUUCUGACUAAUAUGAAUAAAACUAUGGUUCUAUAUAAAAAAAUAAUAUCCUGAAUUUAAAAAAAUGGAGAUUUCUGGAGUGGGUAAAUCACCAAAUGCCUCACUAUCAUUUAGGUACAAUGCCAACAAUGAGGAGUUGGAGGAGUUGUACCAUGUGUGUGAGGAUGACCCUCCUACUCCACAGUGUGACCCUCCUGUGAGCACACCGGUUGAAAAUGCAAGUCCUAAGAGAGGGGAGAGGUCAUCAUCAAUUAUAGAUAAAUAUUUUAAAUCAAUUCGGUCUGAGAAGAUAAUAGAAAAGCCUGAAGAUGUUAAGCCUGUGGAAAGUAAACAAGAAGAAGCUAAGGUUAAGGAAGCUCCUGUACCUAAGGAAGUCACAUCAUCUCCCAUGAAGGAGUACUUGAACCGCCUAGGCAAGCGGAGUACUCCAGAAGUGACUCCUGAUGUUAAGGAAGGCAGCAAUGAAACAUGGAAGAUAUUCCAUGACUUCAAGUUUAAAAUAGCUCAAGCUGUUGAAGAUAUGAAGACUCGGUCAGUAGAAGAGACAAAAGAAAAAUCAAUUCCAAGAGAAAAUUCGACUUCCGAUUCAGAGGAGAACUCGGCAAUCAAAGAUUCAGAUCAACAGAGCGUCGGAGAUACAGACAACCAGGUAUCUUCUCUAGACAGCAGUAUACAGAAUUUAUCAGAAAUGACGCAGCCUCUGACGGCUAAGGCGGCUGAACGAGAUCCAAGUCUUCCUGUUGAUGGCAAGAAUUACUCGGAUUCCAGCGACGAAACACACAAGAAUUUAGCUAUGUACAACGAUUCCGCUGAACUGAGAAGAGAUUUUCUAAAUGACAGCCUAAUGGAAGUAGAAUCUGGGAUCGAAGCCCUAGAAGACAAUAUAGAUGGCUUCGGCGAUAUCCAAAACUUGGACCCGCAAGUCUCGAGUGGGAAGGACCAAAACCCGAUACCACCGCCCCCAACACCGGCGAACUUUGGUUCACCUCCGAGCAAGAAUGAUAUGAAAACACCAAAAACCAACACCAAACCAAAUCACUUUUGCAAUUUCUUUAUGUACUUCCUAACAUUCCUGAUUUUCAUUAGCUACGUUCUGUUUCCAAAUUCAAAUAUUUGGAAUGGUUUCGUGCUCGGUCUAUGGUUCUUUUGUUUUAUGAGUAAUUUGAAGAGUUGGGUGUUGGACACUUACUUUAGUGAUGUAGAACCUUCAAGUUCGAAACUCCUUCAACUGAAGCGAAGUAGUGCAAUGCCAGCUACUUACACGAUACCUUCGGUGAAGGAACAUAGGCCUAUUAAGAAAUACGAGAAUUGGAUCAACCACUACAGGGUACCGGAUUACGACCCGGGAACAUACCACAUUAACAAAACUACGACGGCAUUUAUGAAGCUCGAAGGAUGUAAUCUAAGGAUAUCGUACACUUCAACCAAAAUACCAAAGAGGGCGCUUUGGGACGAGAAAUUAGAAAAGGUAUCAUUCUAUCAACAUAGGCUGUACAAUUUGACUGGGGCACGAGUGAUAUUGCUGCCCAAAGGAUUAGUUAAAAGGAGACAAUGGAGCAAGAAGUACCCAAUAUGUAUAAUUCUAAGCGACAAAGAAAAAAUACAAGUGUUAGAGAAAGAAAAUUCUUCGGCGGAAAAGAAAACAACAGAAGCGACUCCUUCUGAGAAGAAGAAGGAACCACAACAGCCGCAACAUGAAAUGGAGACAGAAACUAAUACUAGUCCUGAGAAAAAACGCAAGUUUGUGUGGAGGAGACGAGAAAAGAGUACUUCACAUUCCGACGGCGAAACAGGAAAAGAGGGGCUCAGACAUAGGCUCGUCAGAAAAAUGCACAGAGACAAGAAGACAGACAGCGUAUCUACAGCAACAGAACCAGUGGAGACUCAAAGCCAGAGUCACGUCAAAACAGAGAAGGCCCUGUGUGGCGAGGAUUCGUUCCACGAUCAAGAGAUAGAACUCUCGUCUCGCUCCGUGACCAGUACUAAGGACGAUAAUGAUGAAGAGUUUGAUGAUAACGAGCUGACUAAAAUCAAGGAGUUCCUGGAGGAGACGGAGAUGGAGACAGGGGCGGAAGGUACGGGUGAAGGAGAAUGGAGCGUGCACGUAAAACAGUCCACAGACAAGCACUCACAUCUGUACCUGUUUGCGAGGACGGGACGGGAUAAGCACGAGUGGUAUCGUCGUCUAGUAAUAGCUGUGAACGAAGCCAAUGCGAACUCUGCCGAGACUUCAAUGGCUGAGGACAAGACGGGCAGCGAGUCCGCAGAGAGCAAGGACAAUAUCGAGAUGGCUGUGUACAAACUUACUGAAAAAGAAACAGUGGCCUUCGCUAAAUCUUCUAGCAAAACUACAGACUCGUUAUCAGAAGGUGGUGGUGUCACAAUCACGUCAAUAUCGCAACCCAUGACUAUAGAAUCGGACUAUGAGAAGACCUUCUGGCCGUACCUCUUGAAAAUCAUUCAGAGUAAGAGUGCGACAGAGUGCACAUGCCGCCUGCUCCCGGCGGAAGUGACGUGGGUGAACACAGUAUUAGCGCGGAUCAUGUACGACCUGAUGAGGGAUCCUAUCAUGAUCAAUAAACUCCAGAACAGGAUACAGAGGAAACUGAAUACUCUAAAGCUGCCAUCGUUCAUGUCCCCGUUGGUGGUGACGGAGUUGUCCCUGUCGGGCGCGUGUCCCAUGGUGGAGCGCGUCCUGCCGCCGGCCUGCGACCCGCGCGGAGUCUGGCUCGACGCAGACCUCCGAUACGACGGAGGGGCAUACAUCGCUAUACUCACACAAAUCAACCUGCUCAAGCUUAAGGAGAAGAAUAUUACACUAGAAGAACAGUUGAUGGCGACUAGCGACACUGUUUUGGAGAACGACCUUCAGUCUGCCCCCAAUUCGGCCGGCUUCUCGUCUCAGGCCUUACGGUUAAUGAAGCCGGCGAUAUAUGACUCCGAAGUGGAAGACUCGGCGGAGUCUAGCAGCGACGAUGAAAGCCCGCCGGUGCAGCCCGUCGACAGCAAUGAGACUCUCGCGGGUUCAGAGUCCGGUUCGAUGAGUAAUACGACUGAAGGAACAUCCUCUAAGAAAAAGUUCUUGCGUAUGGUCGACAAGAUAGCGACGAAUAAAUACUUCCAACAGGUGACAGACUACAAGUACGUGAAGCGUGCGAUGGAAGGGUUGUCAAACACAGACAUCAAGUUGCAUCUGGAGGUACACGCGCUGGAGGGGAGACUCGCCAUCAACUUACCGCCGCCCCCCCAUGACAGAGUUUGGAUCGGGUUCCGCUCAAACCCGCAACUAAUACUGAAGGCGCGGCCGGCAGUGGGCGCCCGCACUCUCCGCUUCGCUCACAUCACAAACUGGAUCGAACAGAAACUCAGUAAGGAGUUCGAGAAAGUUCUAGUUCUACCGAAUAUGGAAGACAUCAUCAUUGACAUCAUGACACCCACACCCGUGCAGUUCGAGUGAACUACGUACGUACAAAUAUAAGUCUUAUAUUACAUGUGUAAAGGUGAAUUUUGAACUGAACUUUUAUUAGCGAAUCCACAGACUUGUAGUUUAUGGCGGUAUAUCAAGCUUUCACGCGAAUUUGGACUUUAU